GGUUGGCACUCCGUCCAGGGUGUAUCCUGCCUCGAUGCCCGAUGACGCCUGGGUUAGGCACAGGCUCGCCAUGACCCGAGAAGUUCGGAUAAGCGGUAGAAAAAGAGUGAGUGAGUGAGUGAGCUCUGAGAUUAGAACAGGAUGCUUAAAGAAAAGUAACUGCUAAAAGACUAAAUGUAAAAAAAUUGCUUUAUUAUUUAAGUAACAUUAUUAUACUCAAUACAAUAAAAGCAACUUUUUAGCACGUUUUACUGGAUUUCAGCUGGGUGAGUUGAUUAGGAUGUUUGAGCCCUAGCGAGGCAGAUAGAUUUACAAUAAACGCGGUUUUAUGGAGGAAGGAAUUACAAAUUUCAAUUUUAUUUGUCACAUACACAAUCAUAAACAGAACAACAUAAAGUAAAAUCAACCUUCAUCAACCUUCAAGACCUUCACGAACACCUUCAUCAGUAUUCUUCAUACCUCAUCUUCAGACAGCAAAUUUAAUUCAAAGCCUGCAACCACUUAACCACAAAAGAACAUCAUAUCACACACGGCUGAAACAGACCCAGACAGGUAGCCAGGCGUUAUGUACAGUAAAUGUAAUGUUUUGAGUGUAGUGACAAUGAGGAUUUUUGGGAGGACAGUAAAAUAUAUUGCUUGCCAUUUGUGUUGUCCGGAUAUUUGAAGAAAAGUACAGCUACAUUGCCUCUAAACUGACAGAGCUGACCAGUGAUAUUAUCCUACUACAUUGCGGUUUUCCUGCCACCAUCGGUGUCGUCUUAAUACUUCUACAUACAACAAGAGGUUGUUUUUUAAUAUACACAACUUGUUUUUAUUACUGAUAAUUAAAUAUUGAUAGAAGAUCUGUGAAACCUACCAUGGAUUAAAUUAUUUUAUCAUUACAAAGUAAGGGUGUACAAACUUUUGCAGUCAGUAAUAUGUAUUCCUUGAUUUCAGUAAGAUAAACUAUUUUACCUGCUCAACUAAAAUGCAAUGAAAUUUGAGAACCUUUUACAAUUUAACCAGAGCAUGUCACACACAUGGUUUAUAGGACAGGAAAACAUUGAGUAAAUUUUGCAUGCCUUCGGUGUUUCCUAACCAAGAUAUUUCAGUGCUAUAUGUUUAUUUUUACUCAAAUAAAUCAAGCCUCAGGUCAUGAAUAUGCCCCAAAAGAGAAAGUGAUUGAGGUGGUUUUAAACUUUCAUCUGCUGACAUUGCCAGCUAUAUAAUAUAUAUUUAAUUGACAAAAGUGGAGUGGCAAUGGAGGAGAGUGGCAAAUCUGCUCCACGCAGACUUUUCACUGGUGUCCCACAGGGCUCAGUACUUGGUCCUCUCCUUUUCUCUCUGUAUACUCACUCUCUUAGUAAUGUUAUUUUCUCACAUGGGUUCAACUGGUAUGCUGAUGACACUCAGCUCUUAUUUUAUCUUAUCUUAUCCUGCCCACAGCUUCUGUUCAGAUCCCAGCAUGUCUGGUAGACAUAACAUCGUGGAUGACAGCUCAUUAGUUGAAACUCAAUCCCAGCAAAACUUAACUGUUGGUCGUCCCAGGUGAUUCAUCCCUAGGUCAGGAUCUUGCCAUAUCCCUGCACAACAAUCUGAUUUCCCCUUCGGUCAAAGCUCACAACCUUGGGGCUGCUGAGGUACUUGUUCAGGCUCUUCUCAUCUCAAGACUAGACUACUGUAACUAUCUGCUGGAGGUCCACCACCCCGCUACACACAUCAUACACUGAUGCUUGUCUACAAAGCCAAAAAUGGACCCGCUACCUCUUACCUCAAAUGCUCUUAUCACCCCUCGCACUGCACCUCGCACCCUCAGAUUUACCAGCACUGCUCGACUGGUCCCAACAUCUCUCAAGUCCGUCGCUAACAGCGAGACCCAUCUUCUUACUCGCCAUGUGUGUGAUUAUUUACUUGGCCAUUGUUCAUCCAGUGACCUACAUGGCUACCAAAACUUGGUUCCACUGGGAGUGGCUGGUCAUCACGUUCGUCUGGAUCUACACAUUGGCUGUAAAUUUAGCCAUUGUCUUUAACAUGUAUAGCUCUACUCAUCCCGUCUUCAUGGCUAUGCUCCUCAUGAGCCUUCCGAUAACUUUGUUCUUCAACAUCACCACGAUGAGAGCACUGACUUCCAGCGGACCUGGAAAAGACGGUCAACCGCUCAACCCGGCCAAGAAGAAAGCUUUCCGGAUAAUUCUGAGCAUCCAGGUGGUCUUGCUAAUGUUUUAUGUGCCCCGAACCUACGUGUACAUCUAUCUCAAUAUAGCACCAAUGGACUACAAUAGGUUUAUUUGUUCUGAGGGCCAGGGGAUACUGAUGGUAGCUAAACUUUCUGAGUUUGCAAUGCCUGUGAUAUUCCUUUACAGUGUACGUAAAUUAGGGGUCUAAUCACACCUGUAACCAAAACCCAAAUUUUUGCAUUUUUAAUAAAUGUAUUUGUUAAAAAAAAAAAGCUUUUAAAAUAAAUAAUAUACUAUUUGCUUCUCGAAUAAUCUGUACCUACACUGCAACAAUGCAUUUGACUGAAC